UUUUUUUUUUUUUUUUGCGGGGGGAAGCAACGCAUUCAGCGGGACUCCACCUCCCGCAAGCUCACACAGCGUGACAACAACAUGCACCAUGCUAAUGUCGGCCUUUCUUUGUCCCUGCGUCCCAGCCAUGCUGCGUCCUUUGGGCCUGUGCCUCCUCCUUGCCUGCGCGGUGGCUCUCACCAGCUCUGCUGUUAUCGUGGAGAAUGGCUUGCCGAUCCUGUGGGCGAGCACAACCGCCCAGCUGACUGACAUGCCGACGCAGGAAGGCGUCCUGACUCCCGAUCCCUGGAAGUACCUCGAGCGAAUGAGCCUCUUCCGAUUCAUCAUAGCUGCUACUGACCCGUUCAUGGGAACCAUGGGGACGAACGCUACAGACAGUCCCGUGUGGGGCCUGCCACUGCAGCUUGGAUGGCUGCAAAAGUCAGGUCGCCUGGCUGAUCCGACUGGGACCUCUACCUGUGGAGAUACCAUGUGCAUCUCUCCUCAGAGCUGGUGGGCCUGUAUUAAUUACUUUGUCUCUGUGCUGCCUUUCCUGUCUGCUGUGCAGCAAGGCCUCAUGGGAGAAGGAGUUCAGGUUCGGAUGCAGGUGCCUGCAGGAGCUGAGGACUAUUGUACCACCUACAAUGACUGUGUUGCCCGCUACCCUGAACCCAUGGCCAAGUGGGAUGCUUUUUACCAGGGUCUAAAAACUGAUUCCACUGAUUCCACUGAUUCCACUAAGUCAGACCUUGAGAAGAAAGACGAUAUCCUUGGUCUGUUCUGGGAUGCCCAACGAACCUCUCUGCAUACCUCAGCGUGCAACGCCAGACAGAGUCACUACGCGACUCCUGAGGUGUCGUUUGCCAACAGCUGGCUGAACUCAGCAGAGUACAUCGCAGCGGUGCACUUCCAGUCAAACAUCCAAAACUCGGUGCCGUUUAUGACCCCUCUGCCAAGCCGUGUUUUGAAGGCGGGCGACCAGCCACCUAUCGAUGAUCUGAGCACAGAGGAGAACCACUCACUGAAGACCUUCGGAUGGAUGAAAACCAUGAACACUUUGAUGGGAGGGCGCUUGGUGACCAAAUGGCGUGACAGCAUGUGCUCCAUAGAAAGAAGAGCGAAAGGCAGAGACCUGCUGGAGCAGCUGGUGCUGAAUCCCAGCUUCCCGUAUAGCAGCUUCUUGACCUUCAUGGCCAGUAUGGCUACUGCCUGCUGAGACACACACCUGUUAGUUCAUGAUGAUGAAGCUUUUACUGUUAUUCAAAAGUGUGAAAAAUAGUUGCAA